AUCUAAUAAAAUCCUAAACCCAAACAGAAAAUAAAAGUCAACCAAGCUGGCACAUAAAAUCAAUAAAGCAUAUAAAUUUUGAUCGCCCACCCAACAUAUUACACAGACACGAACACAAACUCACUCUAACUCAACUCAGUUCAAAAAAAUGCGUAAAAAGGUCAAAAAUUCAUCAUCUUCUCCAUCAGAAUCAAACCCAUCAACCAGCACAGAACAACCCAUCAGCAGCACUGGUUUGAUAAGUGGAAGCAACACAAGGAGAAGGUCAAAAUCAGUGUGGCUAAUUUUGUUUAGUUUACUAAUUUACUCUUCUUGGGGCGUUUAUAAUUACCAAUUCCAGAAUUUGCCUGUGCCACUCACACUUGAACAAGCUGGUAAGAGGGGAUUUUCUGAAGUGGAAGCUUUGAAACAUGUUCGUGCUUUAACUCAAUUGGGUCCUCAUCCUGUUGGCUCUACUGCUCUUGAUUCUGCUUUGCAGUAUGUUUUGGAAGCAGUGGAAAAUAUAAAAAAAACAGCUCAUCGGGAAGUAGAUGUUCAAGUAGAUUUUUUCCAUUCAAAUUCUAGCUCAAAUCGUAUGGUCAGCGGUCUCUUUAAAGGGAAAACACAUGUCUAUUCAGAUCUUAAACACAUCGUACUACGAAUCUUGCCAAAAUAUGAAUCUGAAGCAGAAGAAAAUGCGUUUCUCAUCUCUUCCCAUAUCGACACCGUCUUUUCAGCAGAAGGUGCUGGAGAUUGCAGUUCAUGUGUGGCUGUUAUGUUGGAACUUGCUCGAGGGAUUUCUCAAUGGGCUCAUGGAUUCAAGAAUGGCGUCAUAUUUUUAUUUAAUACUGGGGAGGAGGAAGGUCUAAAUGGUGCCCAUAGCUUCAUAACUCAGCAUCCCUGGAGUACUAGUGUUCGCAUGGCUGUUGAUUUGGAGGCUAUGGGAAUUGGGGGGAAAUCUGGCAUUUUUCAGGCUGGUCCUGAUCCAUGGCUUAUUGAGAACUAUGCAUCAGCAGCAAAGUACCCGAGUGGAAAUGUUGCAGCACAGGAUCUUUUUGCAUCUGGAGUCAUUAAAUCUGCAACAGAUUUGCAAGUAUACAAAGAGGUUGCUGGUCUCUCAGGGCUCGACUUUGCUUACACAGAUAACAGUGGUGUAUAUCACACCAAGAAUGACAAAUUAGAGCUCCUCCAAUCUGGAUCUCUUCAACAUCUUGGAGAGAAUAUGCUUGCCUUUUUACUUCGGAUUGGUCCAAUUCCUCAUCUUCCAAAAGAAAAGCCAACUUCGGAUGACGGAAAAAGCGGUCAUGACACUGCUAUAUUUUUUGACAUUAUGGGAACAUAUAUGGUCGUGUAUAAUCAACGUUUUGCAAGCAUGCUUCACAAUUCAGUGAUUAUGCAAUCACUUCUAAUAUGGGCAGCAUCAUUGUUUAUGGGUGGUUUUCCAGCUGUCGUUACAUUGGGCUUGUCAUGCCUUAACGUCAUUCUUACGUUGGUAUUUUCAAUAAGUUUCUCUGUUCUUGCGGCCUUCAUUCUACCCCAUAUAUCCUCAUCACCAGUGCCCUAUGUUGCGAACCCAUGGUUAGUUGUUGGGUUAUUUGGUGCACCUGCACUCAUUGGGGCAUUGACCGGCCAACAUUUCGGUUAUCAUAUUCUUAAAAUGUAUUUAUCAAGUGUGUAUUCCAAGAAAAAGCAGCUUUCAUCCAUUGUCCGAGAUGAUUUGGUUAUGUUGGAAGCAGAAAGGUGGCUGUUUAAGUCUGGUUUUCUUCAAUGGCUUGUUCUUCUUAUCCUGGGAAAUUAUUACAGAAUUGGAUCAUCUUACAUGGCACUCUUUUGGCUAGUUCCACCUGUAUUUGCAUAUGGAUUGCUUGAAGCUACUCUAACCCCAGCCAGGUUGCCAAGGCCGCUCAAACUUGCGACGCUGCUAAUGGGGUUGGCUGUUCCAAUUGUAAUCACUGUGGGAACUUUUAUUCGUCUGGCAGGCACAAUUAUAGGGAUUAUGGUCCGCUUUGAUAGGAACCCGGGAAGCACUCCGGAGUGGAUGGGGAGCUUGAUUAUUUCUGUUUAUGUUGCUGUUGUCAUAUGCUUAACUCUCACUUACAUCCUUUCAUACGUCCACCUUUCAGGUGCAAAAAGAUCAAUCAUCCUUGCAGCUACAAUCGUGUUUGGCAUCUCACUCGUUUUCUUAUCAUCUGGUUUUGUUCAACCAUUUACUGAAGAUGCUGCCAGAGCUGUGAAUGUUGUGCAUAUCGUGGAUACGACAGGAAGCUAUGGAAUUAAGCAAGAUCCUCGCUCAUACGUGUCUCUUUUUUCCAACACUCCUGGAAAGUUGACAAAGGAGGUUGAACAGAUUAACGAGGGAUUCUCAUGCGGUAGAGACAAGGUUGUUGAUUUAAUUACCUUUUCUGUGGAAUAUGGUUGUCGGACUCAUGAGGACGCACAAACAAAAGACGGAUGGACUGAUACAGAUAUCCCCACGUUGCAUGUCAAUAGUGACAUAAAGGAGGAGGAACGAAUAACACAAGUUUCAAUUGAUACGAAAGCUUCUGUACGGUGGUCUCUUGCAAUCAAUACCGACGAAAUUGACGAUUUUGCUCUUGCAGGGCAUUCAGAGGAACUAGUUGUGUUCGGUAACAAGAGCAGCGUAGACGGGUGGCAUGUAAUUCAGUUUUCAGGAGGGAAAGAAUCUCCCAGAAAAUUUGAGCUAACACUUCACUGGGUGAAAAAAGCUAUUAAGUCUACACGAAACGCCAAUGCGGAUGGACAAUCGACGGAGAGCAAACGACCACUUCUAAAGCUAAGAACGGAUGUUGAUCGAGUGACGCCGAAAACCGGAAGGGUUCUUGAAAAGCUCCCUAAAUGGUGUUCCCAAUUUGGGAAGUCCACAUCACCAUUUAAUCUAGCAUUUUUGAGCAAUUUACCUGUUAAUUUUUAAGUAUCUAUAUCUUUUUUAUGAUUUGUUGUUAGAUUUCUUAGGUGUCUAUACACAUCAUAAUUUUGUUUUUGUUUUUUUUAACAAUUGUACACAUCAUAAGUUGAGGAUGAAAUUAAUAAGAGAAAAUACACUCAAAUAGAAUGUAUUAGUUAAUUCA